UUUUUCCGUGCCUUUUCAUUUUUCCCGGUGCUGCUGCGGCAGCUCCCGUGAGGAUGCCGGAGGAACGGCUGCCCGGCCAGGCACCGACCGCGGGGAUGCGCCCGGAGGAGGAGGAGGAUUAAGCGACCCCCCCCGUCCCUGUCCCUCUCCCCCCGACCCCCAUCCCCCUGUCCCGUCCCCCCCCGACCCGGCCACCAUGAACACCAACGUGUGCGUGGAGAGCGGCCCCAACCCCGAGGCGCCAGGGCUGCCCAAGGACAGCCACCUGCCCGAGGGGGCCCUCAACAGCCUUGUGGAUUACAACUCGGAGAUGGAGAGGUACCGCUCCUUCGCCACCUUCUACAAGACCAACGGCGGCGCCUUCCCCCAGGCGGCCAAGAUCGCCCGCAUCACCACCCCCAUCUUCCCCAGUGCCGCCGCCGCCGCCGCCGCCCGCAUCGGCAUGUCCCCCUGGAACUGCGACACCGCCACGGCCGCCGCCGCCACCGCCAUGCUCUGGGGCAGCGGCGGCGGCGGCGGCGCGGCGGGCGGCGCGAGGAAACCCUCCUCCUCCUCCUCCUCCGCCGCCGCCUCCGCGGCCGCCGCCGCCGCCUCCUCGCUGCACGCCGGCAGGGGCGGCAUGCACCACCGGAGCGACUCGCAGCGGCUGGGCAAGCCCGGCUGCCCGCCGGCCGAGCAGCCCGCCCUGCCCAUGGCCAACGGCAACUUCCUCUCCACGCUCGCCCCCGAGCACUGCCGGCCGCUGGCCGGCGAGUGCAUGAACAAGCUCAAGUGCGGCGCCACCGAAGCCGAGAUCAUGAACCUCCCCGACCGCGUCGGCACGUUCUCGGCCAUCCCGGCGCUGGGCGGCCUGUCCCUGCCCCCCGGGGUCAUCGUCAUGACGGCCCUGCACUCCCCCGCCGCGGCCUCGGCCGCCGUCACAGACAGCGCCUUCCAGAUCGCCAACCUGGCGGACUGCCCGCAGAGCCACGCCUCGGCCUCACCCGCCUCCGCCCUGGGAGCCGCCGCCGGCGCGGGGGGCGGUGGAGGCGGUGGCGGCGGAGGCGGAGGGGGGGCCGGCGGCACCGGCGGCGGGGCCGGGGCCGGGGCGGGCAACCCCGCCAAGAAGAAGCGGAAACGCUGCGGGGUGUGCGUGCCCUGCAAGCGGCUCAUCAACUGUGGAGUCUGCAGCAGUUGCAGGAACCGCAAAACGGGACACCAGAUCUGCAAAUUUAGGAAAUGUGAAGAGCUUAAGAAAAAACCGGGCACUUCGCUAGAGGUCAGAGGAGAUGAUUUCUUUUUCCCCAGCCUCCCGCCGUCCCUCCUCAACCCCCUGCCCCCGCCCCUCCAGUGCUUCUUGUCUAGCUUCAAGAUGCAGCAUCCCUUCUCCGAGGCCUCCUUCAGGCUCUGAGGGAGCUCCCGCCGCGGGUGCGGCUCCCCGCGGCGCGGCCCCGCCGCCCGCCCUUCUCCGCCCCGCAGGGAAGAGAAACGCCGCCCCCCGCGGCGCCCCGCGGAGCCGGGCCCUGGCCUCCGGCCCCGGGCCGAGGAGGGACGGUCGGGGGGCGCCGGCCCCCGCCCCGCCAGCUCGUGGCCGUUACGGGACGAUGCUAACCUGGUUUACCUGCCGUGCUGUUUCCAUAAGACUGCUGGCUCUCUCUGGUUUCUUUUUAUUAUUUUUUUUUCUUUUCUCUCUCUCUCUUUUUUUUUUUUUUUUUAAUUAACGGCAAUAAUGACGAUUCGGGGAGGUUUGUAGGGACGGGGAGGUGGGAAAGGGAAAGUUUUAGCAGAACGCCCGCCUCUCGCUGUCAGAAGUUCAGGGGAAAGCGAUGGCGAGUUCAUCUCCAGAUUGACUGGUAGCAGUUUGUCCUAGACAGGCAACUGGCCAUAGAGCCUGGUAGUCGGUGAAACGUGCCCAAGUGAUUUCUUUGGCAAUGUCUUUUACGAAAUAACCUGUUCGUGGUGUAUUAAACACAAUGGAAGAAUAGCACAGGUAUGACUGAACUGAUUUCGGAGUGAACUGUAUGUACGGUUAUUUUUACGAUGUGUCCUCGGAACUGACAAUGUAUUGUGCUCCCCAAAGCUGUAACAACAGGUUUUCAGGUUUACUAGACAUAGGAGAGACAGGCAGAUCCCAUGUCGCAGAUAUUUCGGUUAACGUAUUGGGUACGACAGACAAUGGGAACCAGAAUACACAUCCGUGAGGAAAACGGCAAUUGGAUGGUACCGUUAGGGGGAGGAAACAAGUGAGAGAAAAGACUAGUAAUCACACUUAAUCCCUUGUCAUUAUUAAAAUUAUAGUGUUGCUGGUUAGAUGCACAUAUCGGGUGCAUUUGAAGGUGUCGAGGAUGAUGGAUUUAGUACAGAGGAGUAGUGUAUGCCGGGUGACAUCAAGAUUUGUAGUCACAGAAAUCAGAAACUCAGUGAGAAAUUGCAACUUCUGUCUCUGUGUGUGUGUGUGUGUAUGCUCGUGCAUGUCUGCAGAGCGGUUUAUUCCCUUGCUCGUUGCUUCCAGGAGUUCUUUCCAGGAAGAGGUGGGAUGAGGGAUUCUGGGGAAAAAGCAACACUAAGAGCCAAUUAAUUUAUUCUGUGUUAAAUAAAUGGAGAUAAUGGUGUUCAUAUUGACACUGCCAUGGGACAAAAGCAGCAUUUGGGGUUUUAACUGACAUUUGGCUGAUACCAUUAACUCUUUCCUAACCAGCUUCAUCAAAACAACUAAUUAAUCCGUUUUUGCAAGAGUGAACUGUCCUUGCUGAAAGUUUGAUUCAUAGCUCUCCCUCCUUUUAGCUCUUUUUUGUGAAUGUAUGGUGACCCAGCAUCGCUAAUGCAAAAACCAGGAUGGACUUCCCAGGGGACAGAAACUAGAUUGGGUUUCCAACUCUUGUUUUCCUCAAUAGCAUGCCUUUGUUGCUUUUGCAGCAAGUUUGCAACAAAGAUACCCAAUGCCCCAGUCUGUUAAUGAUGGAUUAUAAUGCUGAAUACAGCCUAAAAGAGAUUUCUCUGAGCCAGAGGCAUGGAGAAUCCUCCCCACACCACCCAGCACUGGGGGUGCCUUUGUGUGCCAGGUUCCCUCAUUAGGCUUGCAAACUAGGAUGCUGCUGGGAUUUAAUGUUUGUGAUAAAUGAUAGGUUCUGAUGGCUUAUCGAUUUGUGCAGAAAGUGAGCUAUCUCUGGAACAAAUUUGAACGUUAUCAGAUCUUCCUAUGGGUUUGUGUGCAUCUCUGAGCACAUUUCCAGAACUUCCUCGCUCCUGACAAAGGUGUUCGACAGCGUAAAAACUUUUCAGGCGUGUUAUGAGAAUGCCGCCUGUUAAAAUUGUUUAACCACUGUGACUAGUAAAACCUGUGGUUUAAUUAGCCACUUGUGUGCUCUCAUAACCACCUGCCUUCACUUCUUUUCUUCAUUCUCUCUCUCUCUCCCCCACUCACUCUCUCCUGUUUGUGCUCUGUCAGAAACGUAAACACAAAAGCUCUUCUGCUGCUGUACUGUGACUCGAAGGAAACAGGUUUCUCUUUCCAGCUGUGGAGAGGUCAGUAAGGCAUCGCUUCUCUGCAGGUCGUGGCCCAUCACAAAGUUUUGUCACAGGAUGUGACUGAUUUCAUUACAGAAAUGUGGUUUGUCAGUAGGAGAGGAAGACUAACUUUCUUCUGUGGUUGUUUUCCUUAUGUCUUCUUUCUUCUUCUUUUUUUAAAAAAAUAAAUUACCUAAUAAAGAGUGACAGUAGGGCUGCCUACAGCACAAGCGCAGCAGCAGUGCUCUGGCCAUAUGGCCACCAGCUGUAAGGGUGUCAGAGAGUGACAGGGCCUACAUGAGGGCACUGCAGUAGCAGUGUUGGUGUCGAGGGGCAGGCAAGGGCAGCCUCUCUGUGGAGUGAGCCGCUGGAGUGACUCAUUUGGCCUGUGCUCCAGGGGAGUCCCCCACUCUGCAUGGGGGAUCCCCUGGCACCUUGGUAGGCACAGUCCCAUGGAAAUGCAUCAAGGAUUGAGGGGCUCAAAUUCUACUACACACUUGUAAGAUUUAUGAAUUGUGCUCGACAGUGGCUGCAAGUUGCAGGGGUGAUUUAAGGCAAGGGGUGGAACUAUGUUUAAAAACAGAAUAAAUGAAAAAUGAGAAUAAUACCAAUAAACAGUAAACUGGCUGAUCCCACAAAAACCAUUUCUCUCUUUUUCCUUUAAGUCUUUUCUACUGGUGCAAUGAAGGCAUAGGAUAAAAAACGUUAGUACAUGGAGUCGAAGACAGAUUCACGUGAAUGCUUUCUAGUCCCUGACCCUCACAUUUUUAAUGGAAUGCUUCUCACCCAGCAUUUUUUUUAAAACACUUGAAUUAUUUUUUCCUACUUUUCUUGUACUAUUUUCACAUUAAAAGUGUCCCAAUGCUCUAGUAUUUUUCAUAGAAUGUUAUUAUUACUAGGAAAUUUUAUGUACGGCAAUAAUAAAUCUAUAAAAAUAAGAUUGACGUCACGUUGCACGCUGCCUACUUGUGUAUGUAUAUUCUGUGUUCAUUCAGAUUUACAGUCGGUUUAAAGAGACAUAAUCUUUAUUUACCCAUAGAGACUACUUAUUUUCCUCUGAUUGGUAUACGUGUCUAUAACUUCUGCUGCAGGUUAUGAAGAUUAGAAGCCUGACGAUAGUUUACAUCCCCCUCUCUUUGAAGUGAACCUCUUCCAUUCAGCAUAUGAAUCUCAUUUACCCCACUCCUCAUUUUCAUUAGCAUGGCAACAAAUUCAGGCGGAGGGGCUGACUUGCAUUGGAGGGGCUGAAGGGCCCUGCCCAAUUGUGAACUAUCAUCUGUUUAGGCAUGCUGUCAUCAUAGCUGGUACCACUUGCUUUCUUUGUAAUAGCCCAGCUAAUUGAUACGUGCGCUAUUCAAGUGAAUGUUUGCAUACCACCUCGAUAUAGUCGAUACCAGCCUCCAAAUCCAAGGCACCUCGCUGAGUUGCAUUUCAAGCCAGUGGGAGUUUGAGAUGGCCUUCUCCGGGGAUAGGUUGUGAUGAUUGAUUUCAGCAGGAACGGCGUCUGAUCCUGAAAAUCUUAACACCAUAUGGCAUUGCCACGGGGGAGAGAGGCUGCGCUGGCAACCUCCGAACUUGCACUUCGUGUAGCGGUAGCGUGUGUGAGCGCGUUAAGGGAAGACUGCUGAGCUCUGUGGAUAGGGGUCAAUUAGUAGGGGCCUCAGAGGAAGCAAUUUCCCUGCCGUCUAUCUAGCUUUAAAUUACAUGCACGAGUUAAGUGACGGCAUGAUGGAAUUGAGUAGUGUGAGGGGGAACUGUAAAGUCUGAUAAGGAGCAGGUGGCUAACACGAUCCAACUGGCUAACUGGAAGGUGAAAAAGAAAGACCACCUUGUAGCCUGCGUUGCUGUUCAUCACUUAACAUCAGCAAUGUUGCUGUAUGACAGUCUGUCUCUCCUGCCUGCCACUGCCUCGUAGCCCUCCAUCUGGCCGAGUCUCCCCAUGUGCAUGUGUUAAACACUGUGCAGAUGAGCAAAAAAGCAGUCCUUGUUCCUGGGCAUUUACAGCUGGAGCAAGAACCAUAGUCUGUCCUGAGUGCAAUUCACAUUGGAAUUGGCUGCAAAGCCCUGAUUGACCCUGAGUGCUGUUUUUCCCCUCUUCUCAUUCAUGCCCCGUGUGCUCCACCAAGGGUGCUCUUGUUUUUCUGUUCCCAGGCCUGAGCCUGCAGGGAGUGUGCCUGCACUGGAACUGGUUGUUAGCACCAUAUGAGAGCCCUUGCUGGGUGACUGUGAUACUCUUGCUUGGGGCUUCCAACAUGGUGCAUAAUCCUGCCAUAAUGGUGUGGGCAGGGAGUGGGGGACGUGAGAAGCAGAGCAAGAUCUGACCUUCGUUGAGUGCUUUGCAAUGUUUUUUUAUCACUUUCAUUCGGAUAUUGCAUGUCUGGGAUAAACAUAUAUUCAAUGAUGAAUUUUCCUUUUGAUCUCUGGAGGUUCUUGGGUACAACACAGGGCCUCCUACUGCCACUUCCAGCAGAGACCAGAGCAGGUGCAAGCAUUUUUUCUCACUGGUGCCUGCUGUCUGCUGCUCAGAAAUCUCAUUGAAGCUUAUUGACCUUAUUGUCUUAGGAUCCUAUCUUGCAAGGCAGGAGUGCACUGCGGUUGUUGGGAGACAUGGGGUGGAGGAAGAUGUGUAGAGCCAGAGGAGUUGAGCUUUUGGUCUCUUUACGGUUCUGGCACAUCACUGAGUGCAAGUGAUUUCCUCUGAAAUGGAGUUGGAUGUUGUCUGGUUUACUGUUUCAUAUGUUGUUGCUUCCCUUUCCUUGUGUGAUACUUGCAAAGCUGAGGAAGUGCCCAAAGCCCAUGACAUUAGCAUUCAAUUUAGAAUAUAAAUUGCUGCUUGAUAUGGUAUAGUUUGUUAAAGGGGGCAAAAAUUAAGUCUCUCCUGCCUAAGGAAAUCUCUUAAUGGUGGGAUUUGGUACUGAACUGAACAGAAUGUCAAGGAAUUCUGCAAAAUUGUAGACCAGUCAAGUACUUAGCAGUCUCUUUGAUACAAACACUGGUUUCUACUUGCAUUGGAAAUUCCUUGUUUUAAAUCAUUGAACUAUGAUUGUUUGCCAGUGAAAUUGUCCGUAUGGUAAGAGAGAUUAACUGGUUAUGGGGGUUCUGCAUUUUGAUUGCACUGAAUAGUUCUUUGCACAUUUCUCAAAGUACUAGUAGAGGUUAUGCAGUUGGGGUGUCAGGAUUCUGUGCCAGACUCUGGGUUUCAGUGUCAUGACUGAUUGGUUAGUCUGUUUUUUUAAGCUGACAUAAUGAAAUCUCUGUGUAUUGUUUAGGCUGGGCAAGCUGUAUAUGCCAUGAGAAAGAUGAUGAAUGAGGGCAAUUUGAGGUUUUUUUUGAGCAGUAAUUUGCAUAAUAAGUAUCUUUUUUCUUUCUUUCUUUUUUUUCCCCCCCAAAUCAUCUUGGUCACUUUGAACUAGGUAUUUCAGUUAGCAGUGCAUAGAACCAUCAUGACUUGGAGUCCUAUGGCAACUACAGGAUGUUUGGAAAAUCUUUCCAAUUCGGUGUUUCUACAAAAUGUGGACUAUACACAUCAUGCCUCAUUCAUAUAGGGCGAUUCAUUUAAGCUGGUAGAUAUGUGAACGUUGUUUUAUACACCGAUAUUUAGGAGUGGUUAACAGUAAGGAACAGUCUCAAUAUUUGUCUGCCUGUUCAUGUAUAUUCAUAUUUUUGGGUUUUGGGUCCACUUUCCAUGCAAUUAUAUUUAAUAAGUGCACACUUAACACUUUUACUGAAGUUAGGGAAGACAUUGCUUACUUGGAGAAUGAAUUAGGAUGUCAGAAAACAAUCCCUUUGUACUGAGGAAAGCAAAGGGUCAGAAACGUUUUUUUGGUCAGAAACCAACAUCCUGGUGCUGUGCUUUUGGUUUUAAAAUAAAUGUGUUCUGGAGAGUUAAACAAAAGGUUGAUAUUAAUUUCUGUAUGUUGUCAUGCAUUUGAUACGUGGCAAUGACUGAGAACAGGUCCUUUCCAGAUAUCCUAAAAAUUUAUAUUGUUAAAAGGAAAACUAGUAGUCUUCUAGCUCUUAACAUGCAUAUAUUUUAAGGGUUAGGCUUGGUGAAGUAAUUCUAAGCAGGCAAACCUAGAAUAUACACUUUAAAGACUCAUCAAAUAUAGUAUAGUCCUUUUGAUUGCUGUUUGCAGUGGGAAAUGGCUGUCGAUUGCAAAGGGAAAGGCUUUAAGAUUAGUUUUUUGGAUGUACCCAAGUGAGUUAGGCGCAGUAAGAAAGUAACUCGUGUCGCUGUAAAAAAGUCCCUAGGACUUGGCCUCGGUUGCUAACAAUUCCCGGUUGCUAACAAGUCACCGACUACAUGCUUAAAAAUUGGCAGCAGACACCAUGUCUUCUGAGGAGUACCACCAUCCAGAGAAAGUGCUUCUCUGCUUCUGUAGUGUCUGUAUUUUUGAUAGCUCAUCUACUUGAAUGAUCUUACUGAACCACAAUGUCUUGAAGCAUGCAGUUUCAUUUGACACUUCUUUUGCUUUUUGGGAGCCCAUACUGCUCUGUCUGUCUUUUCUCUUCUUUUGGGUACCUUUAUUGUUUUCCGCAGUCACAUCUUGUUCAGUCACAUGCAAACACCUGUCCUGAAAUUGAAUUACUCUGUGGUGUAAUCUGAAGUCAUCCCCCAUUUCAGCAUCCUGGGCUUUCUGUUGUGUGUUAUGUUGCACCAUACUUUAGAUGCAACAGCCAUUUAAUAAUGUUGAAGCCUUAGCUCUGCAGGGGCUAAAAAGAUCCCAGCAGGCUUGUUAACUUCUACUCUCAGACAUUAUGGGAAAUAUUUUCUCCUCCCUGGAACUCCUAGGCAUCCUCUUAAUUAACACUAUAAAAAUACAUAGCCAGGUAUGCACGAAGCCUGUUUAAUUUUUUUGCAGUUUUUCCAGAGUUUCUCCGUUCCUUCUUAUUUAACCAGACACUGGUGCCAAGUGAGUUAUGAGAACCUAAAAGGAAUAAAAGCAGCCUGGGUCAUGCUGGAUACUCUGUUCUUGUCAGGCAGCAUACUCAUCAAGCACCUUCCCCUUACUCACCUUAGGGUCUUAUUCUUUCCCCUGCUUUACUUGGUAUUUUCCUUUAUCUCAGUAUCGGAAGUGUUUGCCAUAUGAAAACUUUGCACCUCUCCUGUCUCAGGAGAGUAUUCCUUUCUGUUCCACGCUGCUGUGGUCAUGGUGUCUGUUGUACUUUUAUAUAGGAUCCCCACUAGCUGGUAUCAGACUUCAUUUGACUAGGAGUUAUUUGUACAGAGAUGAGAGAGGUUAGUCAGUGGUUUAGGAAGUUGAGAAGCAGUAAUAAAAUUUGAGGUGGAAGGAGGAACUUAAUAAAUACUGGAAAGCAGUGGGGAAUCCAAGAGAAUUCAGGAUGCAUAUCACUUAAGAUGAGGACAGAAGAGGAGGAAAGAAGAGCUGCAGAGUGCUCAAACAGAGGAGGACACAAAAGUGACUGAGGGUGGUUUAUAAUGUGUGAAGCCUCAGUGAAGGGGUGCCUGGUCCUCCAUAGGGGUGACUCAGUGACCAUGGGACAGACUGACUGAGCACUGAAGGGUACAGUGGUAGGGCUGAAGAUGGCAGUGAGAUCUCCCCUGGUGAGAAGAGCACGGAAUAGAUCUGCUGCUGUGAGCUGGUUUACCAUUAGUAAUUCAGGUGAGGCAGUUGAAGAGCUCACCAGUAGUCAUCUUCCUAGCACUUGUACAGGGGAAGGCCAAGACUUCAUACAGAUGAAAGGGACCUUGGUGAGGGUGAGCAGGGUUUUUCACGUGCCCUUGUUGUUAGGGUAAACCGGUUUCUUUAAUUAAUUUUUUUAAAUUGACUGGAAUUUAUGGAGAGAAUUUGGAUAUUGGGAUGAGCAUUUGUUCUGGGCAUGAUCCAAACAAGUUGUUCAAGGGCUAAGGAAAUGAUAAAGGAGUACAUACAGGAAAGCUAAAAAAUGUGAAAGGGAGAGGGGAAGCUUGCAAAUGAAAGGCUGAAAAUGAUGAUUUGUUGCAUGAGGAGUUCUUGGUCUUAGAGGUUUCUUUGGUGGUGUGUACCGUGUGUCCUAGGAAAGCUGGAGCAUGCUGACAGAACAUCAGUCUACACCGUGUUAACUCAAAGAAUUUGCUCCACUGUCGCGAAAGAAAUACCCCAAAAGAACUGCAGUUCAAUAACAUCUGUCCUUCUGUACAUCGUAACUGCGAGGUGGGGAUGCAGUGUGGAUGCAGCAACCUUGGCAGUUACAGGCUUGGAACAGAGCUGAAGAACCCUGAGUGUCUGUGUAGAAGGUACAAGGAGGGCAGAGCAUGAUUACUGUGAGGCAAUUAAAGAGGUCAUAAAUGGAAAAGAGAGGCAAGGAGUACACAUUGGUAAAUAUGUGAUCUCCAAAGUGAGUAGUAUCAGUCAAAUAAAGGAUUUUGGGUUUAGAGUAAACAAAAGAGGAGAAAAAUAUAUUUGGAAGGGUUGUGGGUAUGACUCAUGUGGGAGGGGGUGGGAGAAGACUCAAUGACACUAUUUUAGUAAUGAUAUAAAACCUGCUCUCUCUAAAUCACCAGUUCAUCUGAGCUCUGGGAAGUGGUAGUGUGGUUGGCUGAUUGCUUGGAAGCUGAUGUAAAGUAAAUUGGAGGUCAAAGUCCAGUGGAGGUGACAGUGUCAUGAAAAUAAUUACUGAGAUGUGUCUUAAUUGUCAUCCUUGAAAAUUUCAGAACACACAUCUGAGAAUGAAUGGAAUUCAGAACCAUUUACAAUCUUUUAACGUUUUCCUUACCAGUCAGGAAUUGUAGUGACUUGCUGUAUAAGAGUUUGUGUUGCUACUCCUCUUCCUGCAUCCAAUCAGAAAAUACAUGGUGCUCACCUUGAUGUUUGGCUGCAAGAGAGCCAAGCUGGCACCUGUGAUGAGUCUUAGGCAUUGGCUGAUUAUACUCCUUCAGCCCAUAUUCCAAGUGCUGCAUUUGAGUGAAUGUAUUUCUGUAUUUCCCCCCCCCAGACCUUUUUUUUUUUUUUUGCAAGCUUUGCAGAAAAAGAAACAAGCAAGCAGAGACCAAACAUUUAAUGGAUAUAUUUUUCACUGGCUCUUUUAUCAACAGCAUAUGAAAAAUCCCAAAGGACAGAAGCAGUUAGCUAACCAAUGAGGCAUCAUAGCCAAUUUUAGGUUCCAUGCAGGAGAAAAAGAUACUGAAGCCCCAGCAGCUCUAGGGGAAAGAGAUUUAAAUUUAGGUUUAGUACUAAGAAACAUGCCUCCCCUCUGCUUGGAGACCAGUCUGUAAGAGAUUACCGUACCCCAGGGCAGCAGUUUGGAGGAUGAUAGAGAUGUCAGCCUGUGAGUGCAAAGACUUGUACCACUGGAUGGUGAACCAGCAGGGAUUUCUCAUUAAUGGAAUGAAUGUUAACAAGAAUAAUUCUGUUUUGUGAGCUGGUGUGUGUGUGUGAAGGAUAAAUGAUAGGGACUGAUGGAUGGUCUUCACAGAGAUUUGAUUAGGGAGAAGGUGAAUGGCAGUGUGUGUGUGAGAGGGGGAGGUGUAUGCACGUGGUACAUCCAUUGCAAGAGGCAGCCCCACUUCUAGUUGAUAAUGUCUGACAGAGAAGUCAGCAGAAGUAACCAGGCAGGUCCUAGGCAAAAGCAGAAGCUGAGCCCUGGUGUGGUAUUUCAUUUUUACUAUCUUUUACAUUGUAAGGUCUUGGUUUUUAUGUUGCACAGUGGUAACAAACCUCUACCCAAGAAUUUCUCUAUAAAACUUUUCCCGGUAACAGAGGUUUCUGUUUUAUGCUAAUAAAACAUUUGACUAUUUGAUACUAAUUUUCACAGUCAGUAUGGGAGCACUGAGUGACAGCUUUUUUGACCUGGUUAGCAUCAGUUUGGGCUCUGAAGUAACACUAUUAAAGCUUGUAUGAGCCCUUUCCCAUUCCUGAAAAAGCAGGAGACAGGCCAGACCUACUAGUUGAGAGGCCAGGCAGGCAGAACCAACAGAAACAAUCCCUCAUUCUGCCUGAGGCCUUCCUAUGCUGUUAGAAUGCAAAUAAUAAAUUAAGAAAGGCAAAAUAGUCGUAUAAGCCAAGUAAGCAUUCUAGCAGACUUAGCAGGUCCACCCUCAAGUACAGGGAUAGCUGAAAAAACUGAAGGAACUGCAUGAACUGCUCGAGAGGGAUAUAGAAAUGGGGGAAAAAAUGUGAAUCCCUUUGCAAGUGAGAUGUGGGAGACCCCUAAACUGAAAAGCCAAACCUCUGAUAUCUUCCCCGCUGCCUUUGCCAGAAAGCCAUUAGGAUUCCCUGCCUGAGGCCGGAGCGUGGCCAACUGGAACUCAGCUGCAGGGUAGCAGACGGCAGGAGGAGUUCCCGACCCCGGCUUGCCCGCCGCUGCCAGCCCCGCGUGCAGGAUGCCAGGCACGGGGAAGCCGGCGGCCAAGGCGACUGCCUCCCAUGGGAGCGAGCGGGACGGCAGAGGUGGAGACUUGGCUCCGUCCCUCGGCUUGCUGGCCAAAAGAGCUGCACCGGCACAAGGGAGGGAGUGUGCUGGAAGGCGACCACUGCCAGUUACUCCAAGCCUGGGAGGGAAGGGGGAGAGGAGGUGUGCUCCUUUCUAGGGCUCUGCCUGCAUCCUGGGGCGACGCUUCUGCCUGCCAGCCUCGAUGCAUUGUUGGGAUGCUUAGUGACUGGAGCUGUCUCCUGGGGAUGUUAAGGAUGGUGGAGCAGAGCAUGAGAGCUGCUCUGCUGAAAGAUUGCUCGUAGCUUUAGAUGCUUGCUGGCAUGGAGAGGGGCUCACUCCAUUACUAACAUUUCCUGGGACUGAGCUGUUUUUCUUUGACAGCAUUAGUCUGGAUUCCUUAUGAUUUCUGAUUCUGUGUUUGCCAUCUGUUUUCCCCAAUGGCAUUAUGCAUUUUUUCAGAUCAAAAACCCAUUCUCCAAAAUUUAAUCUCAUCUAUAAAGUGAAAAAAAAUUAAUAUAUAAAAUAAACUAUGGUGUGUAGUGAAUGUAAAUGAGGCACACCUUUGCUCCUUCUUUCUCCUGUGGAGAAACACAUUACUUCUCUGACUAAUCCUAUUGAUUUGGCUGGGGAGCUACAGCCUGCUGCUGAGUCCAAGUGGCAGCAUCCGGCCAUACAGUGGCAAGUCUCUGUGGCCAUUGGCACAAAUCCUUUACUCCCCAGCCGACUCCACUGAAAUUUCGUGAGGUUACCUCUGAGCGAGCUAUUCCAGAGGAGCCAGGUUUUCAAACCAUGACCCUGACUUAGGAGUACAUUUUUUAAAUUUCUAUUUGCAAUGUCCCAUGGCAAAGGUUUACUUUUCACUCAGUGGAGCUGGCGGCAGAGAAAGUCAAAUGAGUUUCCUAAUCUGGUAUGUUCUAAAUCUGGUUUGUCUCAAAUACAGCCUGAGAGAUAUGCACCACAAGUGGAAAAAUAACUGCCAGCACGCAGAUGCGUUUCCUCUUGGAGCGAAUAAAGCUGAGUUUUAAAAUAAA